CACAAAGUAGGAAAGGUGGAGGGUGUGAGCUUUAGGUCCCGGGGUACCCAAACCCCCCGAUCGCAGCAGGGCCCUGCCCACUCCCCGCAGGGCGCUCCGAAGCCCGGCGUCCUUGGUCCCACGGCCGCCCUCGGCUGGCCGGUCCCUGCCCCGUCUCCACCCAGUGGUCCUAGGCCCGGAUCAAAUCCCGAGUCCAGUCCCCUCACUUUGCUGACCAGCACAGAACAGCCCAGACUCAUCCCUCUGCUGACGGCGGACUUCUAGCAAAGCCUUGAGAGGAAGAAGAAAUCAGGGCCGAGAGAGAGAAGUGAGGAGAAUCGGAUCCCCGGUCUUCGGGGAGCAGGAGCUGUGAGCAGCACCCCCUCCACCAUCGCCCUGAUAGGCUGAGAAGAGCCAGUGCCCACGGGCCUGGGAGAACAGAACAGCUCCGAACAGGGCAUGCGGUGGUGAGGCAGAACCUGCAGACCCUGCCGGAAGAGGGCUCUCGGGGGCCAUGGCCCAGGUCAGCAUCAACAGCGACCUGGGCGAGUGGGGCUUCAGCGCGGAUGCCGGGGAGCGGGCCCGGCUGCUGCAGAGCCCCUGCGUGGAGCCGGACCCGAAGAGCGAGGGGGAGGCCUCUCCCGAGAGCCUGAGCAGAGGCACCACAUCCACGUUUGGCGCCAUCUUCAUCGUGGUCAACGCCUGCCUGGGGGCGGGAUUGCUCAACUUCCCGGCAGCCUUCAGCACCGCCGGGGGCGUGGCAGCGGGCAUCAGCCUGCAGAUGGGCAUGCUGGUCUUCAUCAUCAGCGGCCUCGUCAUCCUCGCCUACUGCUCCCAGGCCAGCAACGAGCGGACCUACCAGGAGGUGGUGUGGGCCGUGUGCGGCCGGCUGACGGGCGUGCUGUGCGAGGUGACCAUCGCCAUCUACACCUUCGGCACCUGCAUCGCCUUCCUCAUCAUCAUCGGGGACCAGCAGGACAAGAUCAUCGCCGUGUUGACCAAGGAGCCCGAGGGGGCCAGUGGCAGCCCCUGGUACACUGACCGCAAGUUUACCAUCAGCCUCACCGCCUUCCUCUUCAUCCUGCCCCUCUCCAUCCCCAGGGAGAUCGGCUUCCAGAAAUAUGCCAGCUUCCUGAGCGUCGUGGGCACCUGGUACGUCACCGCCAUCGUCAUCAUCAAGUACAUCUGGCCGGAUAAGGAGAUGACCCCGGGGGACAUCCUGACCAGGCCGGCUUCCUGGAUGGCCGUGUUCAAUGCCAUGCCCACCAUCUGCUUUGGAUUUCAGUGCCACGUGAGCAGCGUGCCCAUCUUCAACAGCAUGCGGCAGCCCGAGGUGAAGACCUGGGGCGGGGUGGUGACUGCCGCCAUGGUCAUCGCCCUCGCCGUGUACAUGGGCACAGGCGUCUGCGGCUUCCUGACCUUCGGAGCGUCUGUGGACCCCGACGUGCUCCUGUCCUACCCCUCCAACGACGUGGCCGUGGCCGUGGCCCGCGCCUUCAUCAUCCUGAGCGUGCUCACCUCCUACUCCAUCCUGCACUUCUGUGGCCGGGCCGUGGUCGAAGGCCUAUGGCUGCGCUACCAGGAGAUGCCGGUGGAGGAGGACGUGGGCCGGGAGCAGCGGCGGCGGGUGCUGCAGACGGUGGUGUGGUUCCUGCUCACCCUGCUGCUGGCGCUCUUCAUCCCCGACAUCGGCAAGGUCAUCGCGGUCAUCGGAGGCCUGGCCGCCUGCUUCAUCUUCGUCUUCCCAGGGCUGUGCCUCAUCCAAGCCAAGCUCUCCGAGAUGGAGGAGGUCAAGCCAGCCAGCUGGUGGGCGCUGGUCAGUUACGGAGUCCUCUUGGUCACCCUGGGAGCCUUCAUCUUCGGCCAGACCACAGCCAGCGCCAUGUUCGUGGACCUGUGGGCGUGACCGCGGCCUCCUCUGCGCCCAGGAGCCCAGCCCAGAGCCGCGGGGCCGCGCUGAGUCGGGGUCCACUCCCCUCUACCGACGGGAUGAUUCCAGCGACGGAUCUGGGCUGCCAUCGGGCCCCACAGUCUGGAGCCGGCAGCUCGGGCAUGUGCCCUGGCUGGGAAUCGAACACACCAGCUCCCUGGCCGCUCCCCCGUCCCGGCGGGGCCCUGGAUGGCGGGAGGAGGGUCACAGAGCCUUCCCGCCUCCCCCAGCGCUCGGCUCCUGCAGGCCUGGAGCCCCCGGUGAAGAGGCUCAGCAGGUCUCAGGAGAAGGCAGCAGCCUGACUCCCCGCUGGAGAAGGAGGGCGGGCCGAUGGGGCGCCCCUCUCCGGGGCGCCCCUCUCCAGAGCACAGGGGCUAUGCCCCUUCCCCAGGACCCCACACCUGCUCCCAUCCGUCUGCGGACCAGCCAGCAGCGGCUUCCUCUGGGCUCAGCCAGCCCCAAAGGGAGCGCUGGACUCACACGGAUGCACAGAGGCAGCUAGAGUCUGUGCCUCCCCCCGCCCCCCGCCCCGGGCCCACAGCCCUCUGUCCCACGGCUGACCGUGACAUUCUCCGCGGCCCAGGGCCUCACUGGCUGUCUCUCCCCAAACCUCAGGGUCCAGGCGGCCCUCUCCGCCUCCAUCCCCAGACCCAGUCACCAAGUCUCAUGUUUACAAACGGUGCCCGCCCAGGACCAGGGGCCAUCUGUGCCUCGGUGCUGCGAGUCCUCCGCCCCCCCACUCCGCCUUCGUUAGCUUUCCCCGUGGCGGGGGGACUGGGUGUUAGUGCUUUUCUCUCGGAUUCCAGACGGGCCCCUCUUUUCAAAGGCACAAAAGCGGGUGAUGGAGAAGGCCGGGGACCUUUCGGACCUGUGCAGGCCGGGCUGGUCAGGGUCAAGGCGAUCCUGUCUGCGCCCCUCUCCUCCGACGAUGGCUUCUCUCUGCCUCCCCUGCCAUCCCUGGCCCAGAGGCACCCAGGGUGCCGAGUUGUCAUUGGCUGGGCAGCGUGGGAGGGCAGCCCCGCCAGCCUGGAACUUUGAACCUGGAUCUUGUCUGCUCUUCCCUGAACGCAUCCUUCCUUCGCCCCCACACCCCGUUUUUCUAUGUAGCUCAAUCUCCUGCUCGCAUAAAUAUGGGGGGGUGGCUUUCAAGCUCUCCCUUGUCAACUUCCUCAGCUCCACACACCCAGGCCUGGCCUCGGGGGCCUGUCAGUCACCCUGAGGCCACACCUGGUUGUGCCCCCGGUAUGGGGACCUUGGCCCGCAGCCCACCAGUCAGGGCACUCAGCUACAGGCUGGUGGGAGGCCCCACAGGCGUCUGCCCAGCCCCCACACACUGGCGACCUGCCUCUCCUCACUGUCUGGCCCCGGGGGCCAGGGCGCCUCUGCUGGUUCCUCUCAGCCCAGCCUGCUGCACCUCGCCAGGCCCUGCCAGCACCCAUCCCCGGCGAGGUCGGGAGGAUGUCGCAGCCAGCAUGGCCGCCCGGCCUCCUGAUGCUGGAUCUCGGGGUGGAGGGAGGUAAGGGGGUGAUGGCACAGAAUCAUUCCGGGGAAGGGCUGGGACCUGGCCUUUCGGCCCAAACUCAGGAGCCCCUGACCCUCCCUGCCGGGGCCUUUUACUGUCUCUUUUCUACUCGGGCAUUCAGACCAGAGGAGGUGGUUAAUAAAAAGGAGCUUGUGCUAC